AUGAUAUCAGCGCUGCGAGGCAGCGUCCUUCCACCGGCCGAUGUACGAGACGCGCUCGAGGAGUACCGGCCGCUGCUGCGCCGACUGCUGGCCCGGGGCCUGGAGACCAGCGCCGUGGACUACUCCGCUGCGCGCUUGAGAGGCGGCUGCGCUUCAUCACCGACAGCAGCUGCUGGCCGAGAGCGCGGACGUGCUGAUCACGCCGUCGACUGCGACACCGGCGCUGGCCGACCUGUCCAACACGGGGAACACGGCGUUCCAGGGGCCGUGGACAUCCUGCGGCCUGCCGACCAUCACCAUCCCGUCGAGACUGGCGGAGUCGGGCCUGCCGAUGGGCCUGCAGAUCAUCUCGCGGCGCCGUUCUGCGAGGAGCGCCUGCUGGCCGCCGCCCGCUGGUGCGAGCGGGUGCUGGACGUGCAUCUCGCGCCGCCGGUGUAG